AAUAGUCACUGAUUGUGCUUUAAAAACGUGAUUCUUUCAAACAUGCAGUUGGUUCCCAGUUAAUUUAACAUGUCUCCUGUUGCAUUAAAAAGUUGCAUCAAACUAAACAACACUGUGAUAUCUGAUAGGUUAACAGUCCCCGGGCUCCUCCUCGUUUAGCCCGCCUUUCCUCAGGUGAAUGGAAAGUACAUUAUGUAAUCCUGAAGUGUGCACCUAGAAGGACACAACAAAGGUUUGGUGAACAUGAUGUUGAGAAAAGAAAAUGAUUUGUAUUAAGCAAAAGAAGAUUGAGGAUUGUUAUGACAAGAAUUGUGUUAAUCUCUCUCACCCUGCAACCGGAGUGGAACAAGGAAUUUAGCAAACACUCCAGCAUUACCAGAGUGGAGUAAAGGUCUGACUCUGCAGAGCAUGAUGGCCAAAGAAGAUACUGAAUCAGGCUUCACGUGGGAGGUGAAGGCAAACUGCCGUCACCACCACAAACACAAACAGAAGAAAUCCUUCCUGUGCUUCACCUGGGGACAAUACUCAGACAAUGUGGUGCGCAGCCACAAGUACUCCCCCCUGACUUUCUUGCCCCUGACACUGUUUGAGCAGUUCCAGCGAGCUGCUAAUGUCUACUUCCUCCUCAUGGUGGUGUUGCAGUGUGUCCCUCUCAUCUCCUCCAUACCUUGGUACAUCACCAUCAUUCCACUCUUUAUUGUUCUCUCUGUGAGAGGACUCAAAGAUCUAGCCAGUGACAUGGCAAGACGACGCUGUGAUUCAGAGAUUAACUCCAGACCCUGUGACAUACUCAUCUCCCAGAGUUUCAUCACAGCGCAGUGGAAAGACCUGUGUGUUGGAGAUAUAGUGCGGAUCAGCAGAGACCAAGUCAUCCCUGCUGAUCUUCUUCUGCUUUCCAGUUCAGAGCCUCAUAGCUUGUGUUAUGUGGAGACGGCUGAUAUCGAUGGUGAGACCAACCUUAAGUACCAUCAGGCACUGAGUGCAACGCACAAUGAGCUGACCUCUCACCCCUCAGAGGAGGCCCUUGGAGCAUUUAAUGGUGUUGUGCUCUGUGAGGAACCCAACAAUCGCCUGUACACUUUCAGAGGUCAACUACAUUGGCAAGGAGAGUGCUUCUCCCUGGAAAACGAACACAUCCUCCUGAGGGGAACAGUCCUACGCAACACAGACUUUGCCUACGGCCUGACUAUAUACACUGGUGCACAGACGAAGGUUAUGAGAAACUGUGGGAAACUGAGAGUAAAAAGGACGCAACUGGAGGAAGUUUUCAACAAAGUGGUAAUCGGGAUUGUCCUAUCGGUUCUGCUGGCUGCUCUGCUUCUUGCCAUUGGUGGUGGCGUAUUUUCAUAUCAGGUCAUGAACCAAAGAGGGUUCUUGUCCGUUCUGGUUGUUGACAGCAACCCAGUCUACAGUGGAUUCCUCGUCUACUGGAGCUACAUCAUCCUUCUCAGCCCAGCCAUGCCCAUUGCACUCUACAUCACGUUCGAGGUGAUACAUACAAUUCACAGCAAGUUCAUUGGCUGGGAUUUGGAAAUGUAUUGGCAGCAGGCAGACAGACCUGCAGAGGCCAGGAAUACCUCUCUGAGUGAGGAGCUCGGCCAAGUGGGUCACCUGCUCAGUGACAAAACUGGUACAUUAACCCAGAAUCGCCUGCUCUUCCGACAAUGCUGCAUCGCUGGAGAAAUCUACGGUGAUGCCUCAGUCAGAGCAGAGGAUGUAAAGCCCAUGGAUUUGAGCUGGAACCCAUUCUCCUGUGGUGGUCUGCAUAUGUUCUCUCCCACACUCGUGGAGCGGCUCAGAGGACAGCAGUGUCCAGUCACCAGACAGUUUCUAUCUGCUCUGGCUCUGUGUCAUACUGUCAUGGCAGAGUGGAAGGAGGGGUUCCCAGUUUACCAGGCUGCAUCACCAGAUGAGGAAACUCUUGUUGGCGCUGCCAGGGAGCUUGGCUGGGUCUUUCUUUCCAGAACAAGAGAUUUUGUUGUUGUUUCAGAGCUAGGUGCCUCUCGCCAAUACCAGCUGCUGGCAUUGCUGGACUUUACCAGCAAAAGGAGACGGAUGUCCGUCCUAGUACGUGAACCAGAGGGUGGGCUAAUGCUUUACUGUAAAGGAGCAGAUUUAGUGAUACUGGAGAGGCUUCAAAGGAACUGUCCACAUCAGGAAAGCACUGAAAGAGCACUAGAGCUGUUUGCUGAGGCCUGUCUGAGGACGCUGUGUGUUGCAGUUCGAUCUGUUCCCGAGGCAUUAUGGGAGCAGUGGAGUAAGACUCUGGCCCUGUCUGCUGCCAUGGCGACCUGCGAGCGUGACACCCUGCUGGAGAAGCUGUACGAUGAGAUGGAGAGAGAUCUGCUGCUUCUGGGGGUGACAGCAAUUGAGGACCGGCUUCAGGAGGGAGUUUCUGAGACAAUUGCUCUUCUUCAAGAUGCUGGGAUUAAAGUAUGGGUGCUCACUGGGGACAAAAAAGAAACUGCUGUGAAUAUUGGGUACUCUUGUAAGCUACUGGACCCUGAUAGCAGAUUACUGGAAUGGCAGGAACUGAGGCAGAUCCUCCAGUCUGCAGACCCACAGGUUAGCUUCUUCAAAGCCAAGCAGACAGAGCUGUGGGCUACACACAAGCAGAUGGCAAGAGCAAAAACUUCUGUGGUCCUCACUGGAUCUGAACUGGCAGAGUUUGAGCAGCGACCAGAGUGGGAAGCCUCCUUCAUGAGACUGGCAGAACAGUGUCAGUCUGUGCUGUGCUGCAGGGUGACACCUGCUCAGAAGGCUGAGAUUGUGAAGUUGGUCAGGAAACACACCAGCUCAAUCACCAUGUCCAUUGGUGAUGGUGCCAAUGACGUUAACAUGAUCAAGACGGCUCACAUUGGAGUGGGACUGGCUGGUGUGGAGGGAGGUCAGGCAGUGCAGAACGCAGACUUUGCAGUGUCCCAGUUCAGGUUUUUACAAAGGCUGCUGCUGGUCCACGGUCGUUGGUCCUAUCGCCGCAUUUCCCUCUUCCUUUGCUAUUUCCUGUUUAAGACCUGUGGUUUUGCUCUUGUGCACAUUUGGUUUGGGAUUUUCAAUGGCUUCAGUGCUCAGUCUCUGUACGAGACAUGGUUCAUCGCUCUCUACACUGUCUUUUACACGGCAGCGCCAGUGAUGUGCAUGGCAGUUUUUGAACAGGAUGUGAGUGGAGGGAGCAGUCUGAAAUUGCCUGAGCUGUACAAGAGUGGUCAGAAGAACGAGCUCUCCAGCCCUACAAAGCUAAUCAUCUAUCUCCUGUAUGCCGUCUACACAUCGCUUGUUCUCUUUUUCAUCCCAUGUGGAGUUUUCUACAACACAGCCUAUGAUUACCAGACCAUGGCAGUCACUGUCGCGAUGGCGGCCACCUUCACUGCCACAAUUGAGAUUGUGAUGCUGACCAGAUACUGGACGAAAUUCAGCAUCGCAGCUGUGUGCAUCUCUGUGGUUUUGUUCUUCUUAUGUACCAGAAUCACCCACAGCACCCGCCUUUUUCAGAGCUCACCCGUUGACUAUUACUUCCUUGGUGUGUCUGAAAAGGCCUUCAUUGAUCCAGUUGUGUGGCUAACAGCUUUGCUCUCAGCUUGGACUGCUGUUCUUCCCUCAGUCACAGCUCACGCCCUCAAUGUCAUUCUCAGUGUGCACAAUAAACACAAGAUACACAGCAUGUCCCCUCCUCCAGUGGAGCUCAGGUCAAAGUUCAGAAGAGGGUCCUCACUCCGCCAGUCAUCAUAUGCCAUCUCCCAGGGUGCCGGGUCUGGACGCCUCAUUAUUUCGGCGACUAGCAUCCAGAGUGCAGAGGUGUUGAAGGAUGGGAAAAUGACUACAAGUAAAAAAUCAUCUAAUCUUUGAGGCCUGUGUAUUAGCAAUAGGCGUGUACAUGGUGUUUUGCCAAAGUUCUUUCAAGUCAUUCUAUUUUGUGUCAGGUACAGGCUGAGUAGAUGUCCUGUGAGAUCAGAAAAUGUUAAGGUGCAUGUGGUGCCCUACAGAGGGACCAGGAGGACCCUUAUAUCUGUUACAGAAGACCCAGUGCAGGCUUUGUAGGUGAGCAGAUGCGGAAGCUGGAAUAUACUUGGUGAUGUAUCAUUGAUGUGUGCUGCAUGAUUUAGACUAGCUGCUACGAGUGUGAGACCAGUCUAUAGUCCUUCUACUGAAUCAUUGCAGAGGUGUGGAUAACAGUAAGUCUCCAAGUAGGGUGCUGGUCAUUUCGCUCCUGCCAUUUUGCAUGUUUGGAGAUUUCUUUUCUUUUUUUUUUUGCUUUGCAUCUGACAUUUUGUGCUAUGAAAUGAAGCUGUCGACCUCUGAACUGUACUGACUAUGCAUCAACCAGUACCUGCCAGUGGGACUAUACAGACCCACUUUAAAAACUGAGGAUUUAAGGUUGGCUAUAUCUACCAUCAGGGUGGCACUUAGUUUUUCUGGUUUGAUUAGGAGUUAUAUUCCUGUUUUAGUUAAUAAUACAGAAUGAAAGGGAAUUAUACAUGUUAUAUUUAUCCCUAUCAUGCAUGAAAAUACAUAACUACAACUGAUUGAAUUAUAUAGGGAUAAAGUGGUUUGUUUCCAGGUACAAAAGGGAAACAGAAAACGAUAAAAAGCAAAUUGACAAAAGUGUGAUUUGACCUGGACCCAUCCCUGUACCUCCUCUGCUCAUUGGCUGGUUUGUUUUCAAGAUGAAGAUUGGUUUAAAUCAAAUUAACCAGCAUGAUCCCAUUGUUCCUGCGUCAGUAAGGGUUUUAAUUUCCAAAUAUAUAGAAAUAUUAAUUGUUCCUGUAUACACAAUUUAUUUUCUGCAUUUUAAAGGGAGUGUCUGAGAUUUUAAUAUAAUUUUGUAUGGCCCUAUUUUACUAAUAAAGGAUAUAGUAGAAAAUAUA